CAAGAGUGGAGAUAAAAGAAAUCGAAAAUGAGGUUGUAAUCAAUCAUCACUGGUAAAACAGGGUUUGCUCAGAUAUAAACAAGCCAAAUGAUCGGAUGGCUGUCAUGACAUUUAUAUCCUCACUACCCAUACGGAAGAUUGGGACGUGUGAGGAUAUGCUUCAAAAAGGUGGUCUCCUCUGUGCACGUACUAUUUUCUCGUUCUACAGCAGCUCCUUGUUUCAGUUCAAGAUCUGCAUGUCUUUUUUUCUCCCCUUUGCUUGUAUGUUCACCGCUUCAUGAAUGAUACAGAAACUGGUUUUUCUAUGGGUAGCCAUGAGGCCUGUAGUUAUGAUGGUAGGGAUUUAUUGGACAGCAGCCACUUUCCAGAUCUGGAAGAUAAUAAUUGUGCUAUUGGCAACAAUGAUGGAGAAAGGCAGAAAUUUCAUGAGCCUUUAAACGAUGAAAAUGGAAACAAGGUGAAUACCCCAGAACGAAAAUCUUAUCAAAAUGCAGUGUCUGAGUUGAAAGCAGAUUCUUCUUCUGUGCCAUUUGCAUUUCGUAGCCUAGAUGAAGAGAACAAGAGGGCUAACUUGCCGGAUGAUGAUACAGUCUCUUCAUCCAAUCACGGAAAGCUACUUCUGUGGGUAAAUUAUUACAAGUGUUCACUAUGUGGGAUUGAAUUACCACCUUGUUUUGUUGAGGAAAGGCAAGAGCACUUUGAUUUUCAUCUAGCUGAGAGACUUCAGAAAGAGGAAUCUCGCUGUGACACAGGAAUGCUGAGGCACAGGCUUGCCCCAAAGGAUAAUAUCGCGAGCCAAAGAAAACAAAAAAUGCAGAGGGCUUCUCCAAAAGAUAAGGGACAUAUUCCAAUAGAUCUAGUCUUUGUUAAGAAUAGUCAGAAAUUUUAGCAUUGUAAUCUAUAUGUUGU